CGAUACUGUGAUUUUAUUCACGCGAUAAUGAAUAUUUAGUAGCUUCUUGUACAAAUUAGAAAGUUAUUUAGCAGAGACUCCAUCGUCUAUUUGUUGACAUUGGUGAUCAAAGCUCUCUUCAAGUGGCGCUUUAAUGUUUAUUUUUUCUUUUAUGUUUAGCCAAUACUAACAACAUAACGAGAAUAUGUCAUUUGGUUGAUCUAUAAAACACUUGAAUACGAUACAGCCUACGUUGCGUGAGGCACUGCAGAUCUUCCUUGUGAAAGAUAAGACUCUGAAUUGGAUCUUGGCAUUUCGAUAUGAACAGACUCAGGCUACCGGUUGUCGCUUUUCUUGUAUUUUGUAUUAUCCAGCGGACAGUACAGUUGCCAAGCAGAGGUUCAAAACGAGCUCGCUCGUUAAAAGAUGAUUCCAACAGCAAUUUGGCCGCCAUGGAUAUUAUAACCAACAUAAAUGAAGUUAACGAUCUGACAGACCUCUUCGAAGGAGAUAUCAACCUCAAGGAAGGAGGAAACGCGAUGCCAGUUGGCACUAGAACCCUGCCUGACAACGUCAAAAGAGAUGCUGUUAGAGAUCGCAGAAUGCUUUGGCAAUCCGGCAUUGUACCAUAUGAAAUUUCAAGUGAUCUGGAAAAUUUUGUGUACACGAUCGAGGGUGCAAUGAAGGAAAUCUCUUCAAAAUCAUGCAUAAAGUUUGUGAAGAGAACCAACGAAGAAAAUUGGAUUUACUUUGUUAGAAGAGCCGGGUGUUGGUCAUCUGUAGGCAAGUUGUACUGGAGGCCCGGUUUUCAAGAGAUUUCUUUGGGUAAUGGAUGCUUGUUGCACGAAACGAUGGUACAUGAAGUACUACAUGCUUUAGGGUUUUGGCACGAGCAAAGCCGACCGGAUAGGGAUCAAUACAUUGAAAUAUUUUGGGAAAACAUCGACGAAGAACAAAAGAGCAAUUUCCAGAAAUACUCCCAUCAAGAAGCUGAUAUUCUUGGAAUCCAGUAUGACUACUCGAGCGUAAUGCAUUAUGGGUCAAAAGCGUUUUCUAAAAAUGGCAAAGAGACCAUGAAACCAAUAAGGGAAACUAGUGUCAACCUGGGUGUUGCAAUGGAAAUGAGUGAAUUGGAUGCUAUUCAACUCAACGCGCUUUAUGACUGCAAAGACACAGAGACAGUCGGAUGGAGUGGCUGGAGUGGUUUUAGCCCAUGCAACAUUGAGUGUCUCAAGUCUCGUCAAAGGUUUUGCAAGAAUACAAAUGCAACCACCUGCGAAGGGGCCAAUGAAUAUGGAGUCCAAACAGAAACUCUACAAUGCAAAAAGGAUGCAACGGAAUGUUACGCUCCCAUCAAUGGACAUUGGGGUCCAUGGGGACACUGGUCAUCUUGUUCAGCCACGUGCAAUUACGGUGUUCAACAAAGGAAUAGGGAAUGCAGCGAUCCGGCACCACAAUACAAUGGCUCAUUGUGUGAAGGAGAGUCGACGAGUACACAGAAGUGUAAAAUGAGGACCUGCAACCUUGGGCCGGAUGACUGCGAAUUUGACAAAGAUGAAUUUUGUCAUUGGAGUAACGAUCCUUCAAAUAGCGAGGGAUACAGUUGGUACAGAAAAAGUGGAUCGACACCUAGCAGAUACACGGGGCCUAGCCAUGACCAUACCUCAGAGGCUGGUUAUUAUCUCUAUCUUGAAGCAUCCUCGCCAGCCUCACAAGGGUACACAGGAAGGCUUAUAAGCAAGCUGUUUGAGAGCAGAGAGGAAAGAUGCAUGUCUUUUUAUUACCAUAUGUAUGGAAGCAGUAUUGGCUGUUUAAAGGUCUUCUUUGAAGGAGAGUCUACAAAAACCAGAACAGCAUUGUUUACAAAGAGUGGCGAUCAGGGCGAUAAGUGGAAAAGUGCGUCGAUCUUGUUGAAACCCGAGGAAAAUUAUAAGAUUAUCUUUGAAGGAGAACGAGGCAUUGGUUUCCGUGGUGACAUCGCUAUUGACGACGUGACUUUCAAAAACGGAUCAUGCCCAUCAACAGGAGCAAGUACGGUGGAUGAGCAAAAUGCUUUAACGACAGCAAAGCCUUUACCUCAUGUCAUUGCAAUCGGCUGCUACAGGGAUGAAGGUUCAAUCGAUGGUAAAAGGCCAUUUCCACAAUAUGUUAACUACAGGGAACAAAUUAACUGGUCAGAUAUGACAAAAACGAUCUCUGACUGUGCACUUAAAGCGAAGGAGUUCAACAGCACGAUUUUUGCUAUUGAGUUCUAUGGAGAAUGCUGGUUUGGUCCUGAGAGCGAAAUAAACUAUGCAAGGGAUGGUUUAACAACAGAUUGUUGGAACGGUGUGGGGAAAGCAAGGACAAUGAUGGUGUAUAGAUGGUCAAGUUAGAAUGUAACUCUCUAAGCUGCUGUAUUAUGUAUUAUAGUAAUCUUUGAGUUCGAAUUUUCUCAGUUCAAAUCUCCUUAGUUCUUGAUAAAUAUAAAAAAUAACUUCAAUUUUGUUUCGUAGUUAAAUUAAUGUUUCAUUCAUCAACACAUUCAAGAAGCAAAAUAUAGGCUGUUCCAAUGUUAUUUAUGUGGAAUGAGGUUUUCUCUACCUGGGAACUUUGAUAUGCUGCUUCCAGAAAAAUUUGUAGAUGUUUUUAAGAAUCUCCGGGGUAAGGGCUGUUAGCGUCAAAGUUUA